AUCAACCGAAGCAACCGACCUGGGACAGUGCGCUCGAUCAGGAGAAAAAUAAAAGGCAUUUUGAAACACGCUGACGGACAGAAACAGCAUCAAGGGUCUCUUUUAGGUCAACACAGAAGAGGAGAACAUACAUCAAGGCAUUUGAAGAACCUCACGCAAUGCAUGAAUUCAGGCGAGGUCACAGUGGGAAAGUUGAAACGGUAUGUCAAUGAACUUUGACCGUGGGGGCGGAGCCAGGAGUUGGGGGAGGAGCCAGGUGUUAGGGGCGGAAGGAGAGGACGACAUGUUGAGGAAACAAAACGUUCAGAGAAACCAAACCCACCUGACGUGGAAGCAGUAUUCUUGUUCAGGAGAAAAAUAAGAUCCAUUUCGGAAAAGAUUGUCUGGCAGAAAGGAACAACGACAAGGUGAGUAAAACAGCACAACGUUCAGAAAAGUUAAAACCUCUCUUCCCAUUAUGGAAUGACAAGAAUAAUGGGAUUGCUCAAUACAUAAACCUUGUCGUCUGUGUCUAGGAAUGGCCUCUGCUAACACUUCCUGGUCUGAAGAGAACUCUUCAUGUUCCAUCUGUCUGGAUGUGUUCAGCAGCCCAGUUUCCACACCGUGUGGACACAACUUCUGCAGAACCUGUAUUACUAAGUUCUGGGAUGAACAAGUCAAGUACAAAUGUCCCGUUUGCAACGAGCUUUUCAACACAAGACCUGAUUUACGGGUCAAUGUCCUCUUUUCAGAGAUGGUUGACCGGUUUGGAACGUCCCUACGAGUAAAAGAGCAGCCUUGGGUUGAACGAGCAGAAGUUCCCUGUGACGUCUGUACUGGGACCCAGCUGAAGGCCGUCAAGUCCUGCCUAGUGUGUCUUAUCUCUUGCUGCCAAACCCACCUGGAGCCACACCAUAGAGUCGCAGGCCUGAAGAAACAUCGGCUGGUCGAGCCUAUGGACCGUCUGGACGACAGGAUGUGUAAGAAACACGACCGACUUCUGGAGCUCUUCUGCCAGACUGAACAGGUGUGUGUGUGUCUGUUGUGCACAGAGACGGACCACAAGUCACAUCCUGUUAUACCUCUAAAGGAGGAAUAUGAAGAGAAGACGGCCCAGCUGGGGAAGAUAGAGGCUGAAGUUAAGCAGUUGAUCCAGGAGAGACAAAAAAAUAUUCAGGAGAUUAAAGACACAGUUAAACGCAUCAAAGUAGACGCAGACAGAGAGAUAGCUGAUGGUGUGCAGGUCCUCACUGCUCUGAUGCGCCGCAUUGAAAAGUGGCAGGAUGAUCUCAACCAAAUGGUUAAAGAGAAACUGAAAUCCACAGAGAAACAAGCUGCAGACCUCAUCAAAGAGCUGGAGCAGGAAAUAGAAGAUCUGACCAAUAGAAGCUCAGAGGUGAAGCAGCUCUCACACACUGAAGACCACCUCCACUUCCUCCAGACCUUCAGAUCCCUGAAGGAUCCUCCACCCCCCAGGGACUGGACCACGGUGGAGGUCCGUCCUCCGUCAUACGUAGGGACCUUGAGGAGAUCCCUGGAUCAGCUGGAGGAGACACUGAACAUGGAGAUGAAGAAGUCUGGUGAUCCUGAAUUGAAGAGGGUCCAGCAGUAUGAAGUAGAUGUGACUCUGGAUCCUGAUACAGCUAAUCCCUGGCUUACCGUGUCUGUGGAUGGGAAACGAGUACAUAAUGGAGGUGUAAAGAUUAAGAAGAGACUCCGAGACAACCCUAAGAGAUUUACACAGUAUGUAUUUGUUCUCACGAGGCAGAGCUUCUCCUCAGGGAGAUUUUACUUUGAGGUCCAGGUUAAAGACAAGCCUCUAUGGUGGUUAGGAGUGGCCAGAGAGUCCAUCAACAGAAAAGGUCGGACAGAGUUGACCCCUGAGACGGGUUACUGGACUCUUCUCUACAACCAGGAUGUGUUGGUAUUUGUUGAUAACCCUACUGUCUGUGUCCCUCUGAGAGCUGGGCUCCAGAAGGUGGGGGUGUUUGUUGAUUAUGAUGAGGGUCUGGUCUCCUUCUAUGAUGUGGAAGCCAGGGUUCAUCUCUACUCUGCUACUGGCUGCACCUUCAGUGAGCCUCUCUAUCCAUUCCUCCAUCCAGGUCCCCCUGUUUAUCAAGGUAACAACUCCCCCCCCCUCAUCAUCUCACCUGUCAAUCAAACAGACUAGGACCUUUGUUUGGUAAUAAAAUAAUCAAACGACCCGAACAACUAAUGUUGUUUCCUGAAUUAGAAUCUCUACUAUGUGAGAUCUGUGAGAAUUGUAUUCAAAUCUUCCUCUUCACUGUCAUUUAAGGACUAAUUCAUUAAGCCACUAAUACUGUACUAUAAAAAAUAUAACCCAUUAUAACCUAUAAGGCUACACUAUAAUGUUCAAUGUCUUUUAUCUGAAUGUUUUUUUAUAUUUUUAAUUAAUGAAAAAAAAAAUUUUUAGAUAAGGUGAAACAUUGAUAUUGAUUACAUUAUCAUAAGUUGAUUUAACCAAACAGUAAUAUUUGUUUAUUAUUUUUUGAAUCAUGUUCGACAACACAAUACAAUGUUUGUAAACUUUUGAGAUUUGAAUAAAAACGUACUAAAAGUAGAAUGGGGACAUAUAUAUAUUCAGUGGAAUAGGUACACUCUCAGUACAAUGGGUACUCAGUGGAAUAGGUACAUUCUCAGUACAAUAUGUAUUCAGUACAAUAUAUACAUUCUCAGUACAAUGUGUACUC